AUGAUUAGCCUUGAGGUGGCUAACUGUAGUGUACACAAAGAGGCGUCCGCACCCUAUCCCCACUACAGCGCUUCCCACUCCACCGUUUGUCGAGUGGAAGGGGAACGCGUACCGGGUAUAUAUAUCCCAGCUCAUCACUACCUAUUCAGUUUAUCCUCUGCUUGCACGAUAAAAUCUUCCAUGAUGUAUAAAAUUUUGCCUUUCGUCCCCGCUGUUGAAUUUGCUCUGCCAAAUUUACCAGUAGAGCUUUGGGCCAGCAUUUUGAAGUGUUUGGACCCUUCUUCGCUUCUGACUGCUGCCAGAUCCAACGACUUGUGGGAACGCAUCACCCAAGGAGAUCCAGUCUUGAGGAAGUCCGUCAAGGACCAACUAGUGUUGGAAAAAAGAAGACGCCGAGAGGAGAUGCUGAAUCCGGGACUAUUACUCUCUGUAACCAGGAAAGGAUCCGGAAGACUGUUUGGUUCCAACGCCAGCAAAGUUCUUCGGACACAGUUUCCAGAGCCAUUUAAAACCCAGGAAAAAAGGAAACGUCACCAGGAUAAAGACGCUGGACCACUUCGCAAAAAAAUUAUUCAAAGAAACGACGAUUUUAAUAUAAUGAGAUGUUAA